UUUAAUCACAGCCGCGAUGAUGGCGAAGUGACAGACGUAGCCUGAACGUGAUUCAUCGAACGUACGUUUACGGAUUCCCCGAUCUUCUUCCUUUUCGCGCGAUAUCAUCCAGAAGGAGAGGAUGCUCCGAGUACACUUAACUUCUAUUUUCCUUGUUGCAUUCUUCAAGGUAUUCUGCGAAUCGUCUCGUACAAGUUGAAUGAUACGACUCGACUCAUGAUUGUUUCGACUCGCGGUGUCCCUACUACCGCAUCCGACCACGUCUUUGACGUGGAAAUUGUGUUCCGUUUCGAGUCGGUAGAAAACGGCUCAGUCUCGUGAAGGUUUGACAAGAUCGUGGGCAUAACUCCGAGGACUUGCACAUCUGAAUCCGGGGACUUUGAACCAUUAGAAAGCGCUCCAGAGUGAUUCGCCAAAAAGUGCCUCAAAAAAAGUGCCUCGGAAAUAUGUAAGAAUAAAUAAUAAAUAAGAAUAUGUAAACGAGAAGUUAUUGAAGAAGAAUUCAACACGUAAAUAUAUAUUCUAGUGGUUCAUAAGAAAAUGUAAUACAAUAUUCCAAUAAAAACGCGAUAAACAGUACUAACGUAUUGAUAGCAAAACAAUGUAAUAAAGCGGAAUAAUAAAAUAAAAAUAAAAUUCGCUUAAUGAAACGGUGAUUUUGUGUGAUCCACCACUACCGGUUCAACGACUACUAAAUGAUCAAGGUGCAAGAUAAAUAUGUACUCGUAGAAUGUUCAAAAUAUUUUGAUUUAGUGGAUAUCUUUUUGACGAAGAGAGUGUUCUUCAAUACGAAACGGCAAAUUUUUAAAAAAUCUGUGACAGAUCCUCACGAAAUGGCUAAGCUGUGCAUCUUGAUUGCGUUGCUGCAGUUACUUUGCACACUAGUACAAGAACAGAAAUCUCCGUGUCCUCAAUACUUCACUUUUAUAUCAAAACCUGGAACAGACGAAGUAAUGGGACAGAUCGAAAUUCCAUCCCCAUCAAAAACUGGUGAUCUCCAAUUGAAAAUAGCUUUUCAAAUGAAUGUAAAGUUGCCUUCAGAAUAUGUUGGUCACUUGGAAUUGGCACGAUCACUAGAGGAAUCUGCUCAAGCUGUUUAUGAGGACAAGAAUUUGUUGUAUUAUGUUCAUUUUCCCUUACGCCAUGUAAUUCCGACAGUGACCGGGAUAUGGUUCAAUGACCAACAAUAUUGUUCAGAUCAUAAAGAUUUUGUUUCAGCAACUGAAGAUAUCGUAAAUACUAUCAAGUUGGAACAUACUCUCACAUUGCCAGACACGAUCCCACGACGAUAUACUCUCUCGCCUCAAAUCCCGAGUCCGACUGUCUGGUCUCAAACUUCGAGACCGACUCCCUCGCCUCAAACUCCGAGACCGACAUCAAUAAGUCAGCCAACUACUCGGAAGAUAACUACUAACGUCACCCUCUCUCCGAGAAUUAACCAGAAUCCAUUCUUGACGAAACGGAUUCCGGCGCCGAACUCAAAUUACGAAUGUGGUAGAUCUGAACAUCCAAAGUAUCUGGUUGUUAACGGAGAUAAGAUAUCGCCAGGUCAAUGGCCGUGGCUAGUGGCACUCUUCGUUGCUAACAAACGGAUUGAAUUCGACUAUCGUUGUGGUGGUAGUAUCUUGACGAACCAACAUAUUUUAACAGCGGCGCAUUGCCUGAAGUUGGACUUGAAUAGCAACGACACUUUUCCCCCUAAUGUGUUAAUAGUGGCCUUAGGUCGAUUUAAUUUGACCCAUUGGCGUGAAAAGGAAUCCACGACUCGCGAGGUCGCAAACUAUACGAUCCAUCCCGACUAUGCGUAUUAUUACAACAGCGACUCUGAUUUGGCGAUUUUAAAACUCAGGGAUACCGACUAUAACGACUACAUCAAACCUAUUUGCCUGUGGUCCGGUGCAACCAAUCUUGAACAUAUCAUCGAUCAAAUGGGAUAUGUUGUGGGUUGGGGUUUUGAUGAAGACAAUUAUCGUUUCACUGAUGUUCUACGGUUGGCGAAGCUGAAGAUAGUCAGCAGGAUGGAUUGCCUUAAGAAUGACAGGAGUUUCUACUAUUUCACAUCUGAUCGCACCUUUUGCGCCGGCUUGUCAGGAAGCACUCUUAGUUAUGGUGACAGCGGAAGCGGACUGAUGAUUUUUAACUAUGCUUUGCAACGUUAUCACUUACGCGGCGUCGCUUCACAAAGGAUAAGCAGUGGACCCAUAGGAACAUACGAAUCUACCAAGUUCACCAUUUUUGCUGACGUCGCCAUGUAUCUACCUUGGAUUCAACAGCAGAUUUACCCGUACAAAACAACAGAUGUCCAAACUACUAAAGAGAUAGAGAGAAUCGUAUAUUCAUCAGGCGAAAACUCGAUCACUCAAGAAUCGUCACCUAAUUUCCCUAUCUUUGAGAGCAACAUCUCAUUAUUGAAUCCAGUGUCAUUCAAUGAUACUGAUUGCGGUAAACCGUUUCAGUUAAAUAUCGUAAAUCCGUUAACUUAUCAUGGAUUUCUGACACAGCCAGGCGAGUGGCCGUGGUUGGCAGCAAUCUUUGUUACGAAUACUUUAGAAGAAAACUUUCAGUUUCAAUGUGGUGGUUCCGUUUUAACAACCAAACAUGUUAUAACAGCGGCGCAUUGUUUGAAAAUAAACAUGGAUAGCAACGAAACCUGGCCUCCCUAUGCAUUACUGGUGGCUUUGGGACGAUUUAAUUUGACCCAUCGGCGUGAAAGGGGUAGCCUGUAUCAAGAGGUCGCGAACUAUGUGAUUCAUCCUGACUAUACGCAUUCUUUAAGUGGCGACUCUGAUUUGGCGAUUUUGAUCUUCAGGAGGCCCAUCAAAUAUGGCAAUUCCAUUAGACCUAUUUGUCUAUGGCCCAAUAAUUUAACUGAUAUUCAGCACGUUGUCAAUAGGUUGGGAUACGUUGUAGGAUGGGGCGAAGACGAGACAGGUCGUCGAAACACUGACGAUCCACGGAUGGUGAGAGUGCCAAUAGUGAAGCAGGAGACAUGUCUUCGUAGCGACACUACAUUCGCGAGUUUAACUUCGGAGCGCACCUUUUGUGCUGGUUGGCUAAACGAGACAGGUCCUUGCAACGGUGACAGCGGGAGCGGAUUAGCGAUUUACGACGAUACCAGUCGCCGUUUUCUGUUACGUGGUAUCGUUUCACGUUCGAUGCUUAACACAGCACGUUUGUGCGAUUUUACGAAAUACUUCGUGUCCGUCGACGUGGCCAAAUAUAUAUCCUGGAUUUUGGUACAGAUCUCCAAUUAACGCUGAUCUCGCAUCGCGGAACGCGAAAUGUCGUCGACAACCUUCUUAUGGAGAUUUACCAACAAAGUCACACCACUUGUAUAUCUGUGAAGAUGAAAA